CAUCGUCUGGUUCUUUUUCAUGCUGCCGCAGGCCUCUCUGUCCCCGAGGGAAGAACCUUCCCUCCCUCGCCCCGUCCUGCCCCUGACUGAACUCCGCAGCGUCUCCCCAGGGGACACUACCAGGCCAUGGCCCCCAGCCGCGCUCCCCGCCCGCGCACCCCGCGACAGGUGGUGCGGGCGCCGCCGCCGCUCGCCUGGAAAUGCGAGCUACCUGGACAGUGACAUUUCUGAGAAGUCCCCUUCAGCUUCAAGAGACAAGAAGAGCCAAGCCUUCAGGGCUUGCUACUGUGCGGACGUUGUUUUCCAGGACUCACAAAAAUCCUCAAUCCCCAGCCAUGGGCAAGAGAUGCCAUCAGGCAAAAAGGUGAAGAAGGCGUCAUCCCCGCCCUUGUCACAGACGUGGAAAGGAGACCGGGAGCAAUCUCUGGCGGCAGCCUUUGUACCUGUGGUGGUGGAUCCUCGGGGGCAGAACCCGGAUAAAUGCAGGUUCAAUUUCUACACCUCCCAGUAUUCCAACUCUCUGAACCCCUUCUACACCUUGCAGAAGCCCACCUGUGGCUACCUGUACCGCAGGGAGACUGACCACACCCGCAAACGUUUUGACGUUCCUCCAGCAAAUCUGAUCUUGUGGCGCACCUAG